AUGCUUAGCUCCGUCACCUCUUCAGACGCGCGCACUACAGGAAGACCGCCGACCCGAUGGUCAGAUUUCUUCACGAAGUCCUUCAAAGAAAAGUAUGAUGCUCUUCGUGUCCCACGCGAAAGGAAGAACCACUGGGCUACUCUGGCACGCGAUCGGGACAAAUGGAAGAAUUACUGGCGCCCGCUCGACCAGUUCGAAGAUCAACGGGAGUCAAGGGAUCACAUCAAGACCUUGCUGAACCGGCAAGCGCCGUCAGUUCCCGAACUCGAGCACGUUGAUAGACCGACAUAUGCGGUCAAAGAGGAACCACCGACCAUGUCCGGAGUUUUCGAUCUAUACCCAGAAGACGAAAGAUGGGAAAUCUGUGGAGACGAUGUGAUUAGCGCAGAAAUGCUGAAAUAUCUUCCUCCGUCUGGGAUUCGUGAGAUGACAGAGAUCAUCAGCUUAAUAUGGAUAGACAAAAAGAUACCUGACUCGUGGAGACACGCUAUCAUAAUUCCCCUCCACAAGAAGUUACCUGUCACGGACUCUAGGAAUUAUCGAGGAAUCGGCUAUUGA